AUGCCGAGAUCCGUUCAACACUGGCCAGGGGGCAUCCCCACUUGCAUCCAACCACACCCAGAUCCAGAUCUGUCUUGGGAUGAGAUUAAAGAGGAAGUUAAGGGCUGGCUACUUUUUGUACAGGAAAACUGGGUUACUGCAGCGAAUGCAGGUUCCUCCGAUGAGAACUAUGAGUUAAAUCACCGACGGGAACUCGUAGAAAAAUGGGCUUCAGCUACACAGGAGUUUCGUGAUGCGUACCAAUCGCGUGCACCUGUGGGUCUUCCAGGUACGGAGGGGCCAAGGAAGAAUGAUCACAUUGAAGGCCUUCGAUACCCAGCGGAAUCAUUGGAAGGUCUCUAUGAAACUUCACAGCCAUGCGAAACCAACGGCCUGAUUUGUCUCGCCCCUGUUGAUGAGAAACAUCCUGAGAAUCGGGCGCGAUUAGUCAAAUUCGCGAUUCUGAUGUACGACUAUGACAUUGAGGUCGGGCAUUGUCUAAUCAAUGGCCACAUUCCACUGGAGGCUACCCUCAACCCCGAAACCACUACCGAUCCUUCAGUAGAGGACUACCUACCCUGGGCGGAUCUUGAGACUGCAACUUUCAAGUCUAUCUUCCUCACACAUACUGGCAAAGUACUCUAUCUUGGUAAUCUAGGACCAUAUAUGAUGGUUGAUGAACUAGGCCUGGAAAGCGGGCGCCUGACAAUUGUCACCUUUGAAACUAACGGGGACGUGAGAGAGUCCGUUGAAAUCCGCCCGUUUAAUAUGAAAAUGCCAUACCUGAACGCCUUCGAGAAUUGGUCUAGUUUUGACAGUGUCAAGCAUUGCAGGGGUGCUUAUGGACACCAAAACACCCCACUUGACAUGGACCUACCAUUCGUCGAUCUUCUCUGCCAAGCCAAGGAAGCGAACCAGCUCCCCAACUCAAUGGAACUCUGUGACCGAGAGCAGUGGACCAGUGAUGUUGAGCUCUAUGCCCCGGGCUACUUGGCUCUCGAGGCUGAGGGUCGCGGGGGCGAGUAUCCCCUAAGUAGCCUCGUCGCACCAAACAGUAUCGGCAAAAUCACGAAGCAGGUUAUGAAUAGGAUAAGCCCUGAUCCGCGGGACGAUCCCCGUGCUGCUGACGGUACCGUCGACAUCAACUACUACAACUAUACUAACAAGGGUGGUCCUCUUAACUGGUACAGCCUAGACGAUAGUAACAGCGCCUAUACCAAGGUAUCUAAUUCUAUAUCCCUAUGUACCACUAAUAACACUAAGUUCAAGAACCUAGGCUCCGGCCUCGAGAUUAUCCUAACCAACGGUACCCUCGCUACUAACAGUACUAAGUACUAG